GAUAUCGCACCAAUCAUCCUUUUUUGACGCCCCUAGACGCAUUAUGAGAGAAAUUUUGAAACGUUAUUCCAAUCUUCUUUACGAUGAAUUCAUCAAGACCAAUGAGAAUUCAGCAGUCUUUUGACAAGUGGCAAAGGAUGAAAGGGUACAUUAUAGACCUUUACAAAGAGCAAACUCUCGAGCAAGUCAUCAUCACGCUGAAAGAUAAACACGACUUUGUCGUGACCAAGAGGCAGCUAGUUUACAGACUGAGCCUGUGGCGUUGCCACAAGUAUAGCGGCCCUCCUACCUAUGGUAAUAAGCAUAACCCAAAAAGCAGCCUGGAGAGAGAUGUAAAGGAUAUCGCGGACCUUGACUCGAGUGACGAGAGCAAUGGUAUAGUUGAAGCCCCGAUCAACUAUUGCCUUGACUAUACAGCUGCAGACUAAUGGGGUGCUAGUGACCAGUCGUUGUCGCCGCCGUGGCGUGCCUCUCCCUAUUGCGAAACGACAGAGUGUUGCCAACCGGGUGGCCGGUGAUACUUUCAAUCGUCUAGCUGGUA